CGCGGGGCUGUGGGCCGGGGAGGCAGUGCCGGGCCGGGCCGGGCCCUGCUGCCGGUCAUGCUGACCUUCUUCCUCGUCUCGGGGGGCUCUCUCUGGCUGUUAGCGGAGUUCAUUCUCUCGCUUCUGGAGAAGAUGCAGACACAGGAGAUUCUGAGGAUGCUGCGGCUGCCCGAGCUGGGCGACUUGGGUCAGUUCUUCCGCAGUCUUUCCGCCACCACCCUCAUGAGUAUGGGUGCGCUGGCCGCCAUCCUCGCCUACUGGUUCACUCACCGGCCAAAGGCCUUGCGGCCUCCGUGCAACCUCCUGAUGCAGUCAGAGGAAGUGGAGGACAGCGGGGGGGCCCGGCGGUCCGUGAUUGGGGAUGGCCCUCAGCUGCUCGCCCACUACUACGACGAUGCCAGGACCAUGUAUGAGGUGUUCCGUCGCGGGCUCAGCAUCUCAGGGAAUGGCCCGUGUCUUGGCUUCAGGAAGCCCAAGCAGCCUUAUCAGUGGCUGUCCUACCAGGAGGUGGCCGACAGGGCUGAAUUUCUAGGGUCCGGACUUCUCCAGCACAACUGCAAAGCAUGUACGGACCAGUUUAUUGGCGUUUUUGCACAAAAUCGACCAGAGUGGAUCAUCGCGGAGCUUGCCUGCUACACGUAUUCUAUGGUGGUGGUCCCACUCUAUGACACCCUGGGCCCUGGGGCCAUCCGCUACAUCAUCAACACAGCUGACAUCAGCACCGUGAUUGUGGACAAGCCUCAGAAGGCCCAGCUUCUGCUGGAGCACGUGGAGAGGAAGGAGACUCCAGGACUCAAGCUGAUUAUCCUCAUGGAGCCAUUCGAGGAAGCUCUGAAGGACAGAGGGCAGGAGUGUGGGGUGGUCCUGAAGUCCAUGCAGGCUGUGGAGGACUGUGGCCAAGAGAAUCAUCACGUCCCAGUGCCCCCUCAGCCCAGUGACCUCUCCAUUGUGUGUUUUACAAGCGGCACCACAGGGAACCCGAAGGGUGCGAUGCUAACUCAUGGGAACGUGGUAGCUGACUUCUCGGGCUUUCUGAAAGUGACAGAGAAAGUGAUCUUUCCGAGACAGGACGAUGUGCUCAUCUCCUUCCUGCCUCUGGCUCACAUGUUUGAGAGAGUGAUCCAGUCUGUCGUCUACUGCCACGGAGGGCGCGUCGGCUUCUUCCAGGGAGACAUCCGUCUCCUCUCGGAUGACAUGAAGGCUCUGUGCCCCACCAUCUUCCCGGUGGUCCCACGGCUGCUGAACCGGAUGUACGACAAGAUCUUCAGCCAGGCGGACACACCAUUAAAGCGCUGGCUUCUGGAGUUUGCAGCAAGGCGUAAACAGGCUGAGGUCCGGAGUGGAAUCAUCAGGAAUGACAGUAUCUGGGAUGAAUUCUUCUUUAAUAAGGUUCAGGCCAGCCUGGGGGGGUGUGUGCGGAUGAUUGUGACUGGAGCAGCCCCCGCGUCACCCACAGUCCUGGGAUUCCUCCGGGCGGCUCUGGGAUGCCAGGUUUAUGAAGGAUAUGGCCAAACGGAGUGCACAGCUGGAUGCACCUUCACCACGCCUGGGGACUGGACCUCAGGGCACGUAGGGGCGCCUCUGCCCUGCAAUCACAUCAAGCUCAUCGACGUCGAGGAGCUGAACUAUUGGGCCAGCAAGGGAGAAGGAGAGAUAUGUGUGAGAGGACCAAAUGUGUUCAAGGGUUACUUGAAAGAUCCAGACAAGACGAAGGAGGCCCUGGACAGCGACGGCUGGCUCCACACAGGAGACAUUGGGCGGUGGCUGCCGGCGGGGACUCUUAAAAUUAUUGAUCGGAAGAAGCACAUAUUUAAACUUGCUCAGGGAGAAUAUAUUGCUCCUGAGAAGAUUGAGAACAUCUACAUCCGGAGUGAGCCCGUGGCACAGACUUUUGUGCACGGGGACAGCUUACAGACCUUUCUGGUGGGCAUCGUUGUGCCCGACCCGGAAGUCAUCCCCUCCUGGGCACAGAAGAGGGGAAUCGAAGGCACAUAUGCAGAGCUCUGUGCAAACAAGGAGCUGAAGAAAGCCAUUUUGGAAGAUAUGGUGAGGUUAGGAAAAGAAAGCGGACUCCAUUCUUUUGAACAGGUUAAAGCCAUUCACAUCCAUUCUGACAUGUUCUCAGUUCAAAAUGGCUUGCUGACACCAACCCUAAAGGCUAAGAGACGGGAGCUGAGAGAGUACUUCAGAAAACAAAUACAAGAGCUUUACUCAGUCUCCAUGUGAAGUUCAAGGGAAGUUCUUCUCAGUGCAAUGGACUGUGUAGCAAUAUUAUAGUUGUUAUUGAAAGUAAUGAGUCAGAAUGAUGCAGCUGAAAAUGAACAAGCACGUGACCUUACAAUUGAGCCUUUUCUUGUCCUGAGAGAUCUUUAACAAUAUUUUCUCUAUCAUCACCGAAUACACUUUAUUUUUAUUAAAAUGAUAUUGUAGCAAGCUGCUAAAAAUAUUGCAAAUGGCAAUGUAAAAAUCAAGACUUUUCUCAAGAACUGUGUACCACUAAAAGAAAUAUAUUCUCAAUGUUCUCAGCACUCCUAUUAAACAUAAAGGAAAAACAUAACUGAUAUAUUGUACUUAAUUACCUGUGGAAUAGUAACCAGAUAGAGCAAAUAUCUAGGCAGUGUGGACUACCUCAUUCAAUAACUAAUUGUCAAAAUCACAAUUAAAUCAGACUUAAAAAUUAGAACUGAGUGUACAGAAUCACACUAAACAAAACAUAACUCACAUUUUACACAACUUCAGAUUCUUCAAACAUGACAGUCCUUGUUGAUGUGAAAAAAGUUUUCUCUCUAAUUUUUACUUUUAUUCAUGAAAAAUACAAAUUCAGAUAUUCUUAAAACAAAUGUUAUAUUUAUAUAACAUGUUACAAAAAUCUUUAAAUACAUUUUCUCAUAAGCUUAUUAAAAUAUUCAGUAACUACCUAGAAAAAAAUAUAAUGUAUUAACUACUUCAAGAAUAGUGUGUGUAUAUUCUUGGACUUCUUACCACAUGAAUUCUAAAAGCUGUCUGUUGUCUCUACAAUGAAUGGAUCUUUGGGGAAGACUUGGGGAAAAAAACCCAGAAUUAUUCCUCAGGGUGGGCAGCAAUUAAAGCACCUAUGUUCCUUGCUAGGUUCCUCCAGGCUUCCAUUCUCAAUGUGUCUGCUCCAAGCCUGGGAAACCCAAAAUGGCUAUCAUUCUGAACAAUUUUACUUUUUUUCAGCAAGACUAUCAAGGCACAAUGUGGGGAGGAAGGAAUGUUACUUCCAAAUAAAGUAAUUUUUCCACAACAAUUUUGAAGAAUAUAAAUAUCUCCUCGGGGUAUAAUUCCAUUCAUAGAAUCUUUAAGUGCUUCUAAGCUCUACCACAAAAACCUCUCUUGCAUUAUGUAUUUAGACACUUCUUGCACCUGGGUGUCAACAAUUUCAUGUAAUUAAAGCCCAGUAUGAACAGCAAUUAAGGUCCAAGCUACAGACUGUCCACCUGCAGAAGGAAACCUCCCUCGGAAAGCAUUUUAUUUAGAGAUGGGACCCUGCGAGCAGAGAUGGAGGCGGGGCUCAUAGUCCAGAAGCCCCUUCCCCCGGAACAAACCCAGACUGAGUUAAAAGUGCAUAAUCAUGCAGGCCUUCUGGAUGGGCGUGCAUCAGUGAUUAUACACUUAAACGCCGGUCUUGGCAAAAGUGAACCACAGCAUCGUUGGAUGUAUUUAUCCAGUUUUUUUAAUAUAUAUAUUGCUUUGGCAUAUUCUCUUUGCAGACCCAUUACUUGCCUUGCACUUACAAGUUGAUUUUUUGUAAAUGAGCUAGUUCUAUGCACAUUAAUUCAAAGGCAUUUCUGAAUAAACAAACACUAGAAAAUGCCUAAGGCCACAUCUGUAUAGCAUUAAUUUUUUAUAUUUAACAUAUAUUUGACUAAUUAAAAAUGAAAAUCAUUACCUGAAUUGGACAUUUAUACUAUUUUGAAGGCAAAUAGCUUCACAUCUUGAAGAAAAUGAAACUUUGGAACCAAAGUUGGCUUUGUUUCCAAAAGGAUUUUGACAAUGUCAUAUAAGCAAAUGAUUUAAAAUGUAUUUUGGUUCUAUUUAUACCUCAUAGAGGUUAGAUAAGGUUGAUUAUGGACACCUUAAGAUUUCUUCUUUUUCUGAUUUUAAAGCUCUUAUAUUUCUACCAGCCGUCCUGAUCUGUGUGAAAUCAUCACACUUGGGCCAAUAAAUUAGUUACUGCAGAUGUGCUGAGAAAAGUGAACAGGGAACCCUAAAUAUAUCGCAUAUACAUUUAUCUAUUCCUCUGUUUAACUCCACUGAAUUUUUUUAAUAAAGGAGAAUGAAACAAUAUGUAUUAAUGGAAAAAUCCUUUUGCUUCAGAUUUCCCAACUUUAUUCAGGGGGAAAAAAGUUUGUAUUUCUCUUAAACCAAUGCAGAGAAAGGCUACGUACUUAUAACACUCACCGUCAUAGUGGAGGCCAGAUGCAAGUUAAGUCUAGAGGUAGAACCAAGAUCAGUUCCUUUAGCAUAAACACAUUCUUAAACAUAUGACCUUUUACCUGUUUCUCAUUCAAAUGUGUUCGUAAUUCUCACAUUUUACAAGUUACUCUUGUGUAUAUUAUAAAAUAGAAUUACACGAUUUUUUUUUUUCAUUUUGCUAAAAAAGACAUCUCUGUAUUGUACUGUGAUAACCCCUAGGUGAGAGAGGAAACUCUGACAGGUGUCAUGUGUAGGCCUAGGUCCAAUUAUUAGGAACUCAGGAGGCCAAGGAAUGGAUCUACCAUGUCUCACUUACAUAAGCAAGUCAAUCUUUCAUUCCUAAUUUAGGUAAAACAGCAAGCAUGAGAAAAAAAAUGCUAUUUUUAUAGUCAGGUGAUGUUUUAGCUACUUGAAGUUGGCACUGAACUUGAUUGUAUUACCCACUGAAGAGCCAAUAAUCUUAUUUUUCUGCGUAAAGAAAAUGAAUUAUUCUUUAUUUUUCAAAUGUAUAAAGCACAAAUGUCAUCUAGUGAUUUAGAAUACAAAAUACUAUGAAAUGAAUGUAAAGAAUGAAAAAAAUGUAUUUUUGCAUGAAAACAGACUACUACUUACAGAAUUGCGUAAUUAUCUCAGGAAAAAAGAAUGAAUAAUCAUAUACAAAAUGGAUAAACUAUAUGUUGAGCUACAUUGCUGCAUAUUCUUGCCUGUUUUUAUUUUACGGAAGCAUAUACAGAAAAGACAAAGCAACCCUGGUAGUCUGAGUUUACUCUCAAGUAUGCUGCACAGGCCUGUCUGUGAAUCUACAAUUAACUGCAGUAAGAAUGGGAUUAGCAUUCAAGAGAGGACAAAGCCCCAAAUGAGGAACUUCAGUUAGAAUACAUGAAUGGUUAUCACCCAGAGGGUACAGAUAAAUAUCUGAAAUACAAGCAUUUCUAAACCUGGUCCCAAGUUAAAACGUUUUCAUGAAGUGACAAUGGCUUUUAAACAUUCAUUUGACUGGUAUUUUAAUUUUCCUUGUUAAAUCAUUGCAACAAGUGCAUGGGGGGGCGGGGGGAGAAAUGAAUAUUUUUUGAAGAAUUGCUUAUUCUACUUUCAAUUU